CUGAAGCCCCAGGACUGAGGACACCUGGCACCUAAUUGCCUCACAAUGGGUGUGGAGCAUAAAGGGAGACUCACUCACCUGUCUUCUUCAUGCCUGCAUUUGGUGGCACUUCAGUGGGAAGGUCGCUUGGUUAGCUUGCAGUGGCCAUAACUCUAACAUCAAAACUGCCUGAAGUCUCCUGCUUGGUACUGGGGUGUGGCUGUAAUUUACUCUCCCCUGUUCAGCUUGGCAAUAUAAAAUGAGAAGUACUGGCAAGCGGAUCCUCUUGCUGUUGGGCCGGAAGGGGCUCUCUGGUCGGGGUGGAGUCAUCCAGCUCUGGUACCCAUGGAGACCAAAUACGUUUUUUCAGAGCAUUUUUUAAAAAGGAGGACAAAUGUCAUGUAGUUACCCAGCAUUGGACACAAAACGGCAACUGAUUCUCUUUAACGGCUGCGAUAGACUGGCCCAUCUGUCUCAGCUCACUGGACCAUCGUGAAAUGAUUAUAUUGAAAGAGAGCCUGUUUCAGGGCUUUACCCUGAUGAUGAUUGCCUUAGGUGCCCAGCCCACACGGGCUUUCAAGACACAAUAAAACACAUACAUAUGAGUGGACACACAUAAAUACUCUUUAAAUAAAGAGUCCUAUUUUUAAGGUGCCAGGCCUUCAUCUCUUAAGGUUAGGUAUUGGGUUUUUGCUGAGGCUUAUGGUUUCUGUAACUCAAGAUCAAAUGGACUGGAUCAAAUUCCCGGGAGAUUUGUUUUUUAACCUGCUUCAGUUAUUUGCUGUCCCUCUCAUUGUGACAAGUGUGAUGGCAGAAGUAAGUGGAUUAAACAGCAGAUUGCCUGGGAGAUCAGCCGUCUUCCUAACAACGUACAUCUGUGGCUCCACCGUUCUGGCCGUAACUCUCGGAAUGAGUCUAGUGCUCCUGGUCAAACCUGGUAUGGAUCACACAACCGGCAAAACAACCGUUAACAUAAAUAUGCCAUCCUCCUCUAUGCAUGUGAUUUUCAUGGAUCUUAUUAGGAACGUGGUUCCAGAGAGCUUCGUUCAGGCUUUCUACGAGCAUUACAAGACAGAGAUUGUUCAGGUUAAAACAAAUAUUCCUAGACACUACCUUGAUCCAGUAAUGGCGCAGAAUGGCACUGAGACACGACUGAUGGGCAAUUAUGUCCCUGGAGCCAACAUGGUAGGACUGAUCGCCUCGUCUUUCACCAUCGGCAUCAUGUUAAACAAGGCGGGACUCAAGGCCAAAGCCACUGUGAAGUUCAUUAAAUGCCUCAGCAUUGCACUAAAAAUCAUUUUCAACUGGAUCCUGUGGUACUUGCCAAUCGGCCUUUUGUUCCUGGUUGUGGAAUACGUGUUGGACGUUAGCGACUGGACCGUUAUCAUUAAACUUAUCAGACUUACAGGGGUCAUUUUUCUGGGGCUCGCAAUCCACUCCUUUCUUGUUCUUCCAUUGAUUUUCUUCGUGUUCACCAAACAGAACCCCUUUCUCAUCUUCUUCCAGAUUUCCAAGGCUUUGUUCACCUCAGCGAUCUUGGCGUCCAGCGCCGCCACUCUGCCUGUCACCAUUCAAUGCUGUGAAGCGAACGUGAAGGUCAAUACGAAACUCUGCCGGCUCAUGUUGCCAAUGGUCAGCAGCAUCAACAUGAACGGGAUGGCGCUGUAUGAAGUGGUCGCUGUCCUCUUUAUUGCCCAGAUAAGUGACAUCCUUUUGGAUGUCACCCAGAUCAUCACCAUUUGCUUGACCUGUUGCAUUUCAAGCUUUGGAGCCGUAGGUGUUCCAGCAACCGGAUCUGCAACCACUAUCCUCAUUUUGACAGCUGUGGGACUACCUGCACAUAAUGCCUCCCUUCUGCUGGUCUUUGAGUGGUUUCUAGACCAUUUCACUACCAUAGUCAAUGUGCUAGGAGACUGUUUUGGUGUGGCUCUCAUCAAUCAUCUGUGCCAGGAUGAGAUCGUGAUCCUGGACAAAUCAUCAAGGGAAGGAAUGCGUUCCACCAGGGAGCUCGAGCUGGACUUAUUCUGUUUGGAGCCCGAAGAAGAGUUCAUCCCUUCCUCUUCCUCAGGAUCCAUUUUAUCUAUGUGAGGGGAUCAUCUCAGCACCAUAUUAACUCCAACGUAUUAAGCCUCAGGACAGGAAUGUCAGCAUCCUGGGGUGUCUGAGCUGAUCAUUUCUUUGUUUGAAUAUAAUUGUUGCUAGCAGGACGGUGCCAUAGCAGUUUAUUCAUCUGUAUUUAGUUUCUGUUUUAUUUCAGUUUUUGCAACUUUUACAUUAUUUAUUUAUAUUCACUAAUUCAUUAACACUAUUCUAGAGUUUAUUGUUGUGUGCGAUGGCGUGUUUACUAUGUGGACGUUACUGUUUUUAUAAAAUGAAUUUUGACAAUAGAAA